AUGCAUUUCUCUCAGCUUUCUCUCUUCGUUGCUCUGGCGCUGAGCCUCUCCGUAACUGCUGCGCCAACUGUAGUGCAUACGAGGUCUUCUCAAGCCGACCCUGACUUCCUUGCACUCAACGCCCGUGCCUACAAGGGCAUCGGUCAUGUUCACCACGACGCAGGCCGUGUCUUCGAUGCUCGCGACUCUCUCAGCUCCGAUUGCGUUGGCUCUCACUGCACGACGAUUGAGCCGCGCGACGUUCAGACUACUGCCACACGCCUCGUUUCAACACCCGAAGCAACGGUCACUCAGGCUCGUGCCGACAACAUCCGACGUCAACUCCCCGAUGACUGUGCGGGCUCACAUUGCACCACCAAUGUGCCUAGGGCCGUCGUCUCGCCUGAGGCAACAGCAUGCGCCGGCAUGCACUGCACUACGAUUGCCACAGCCCCUCGCAUGCUCGCCACUCCCAUUGCCAGGGAGGACUAUGGAGUUGACGAUAUGCGGCGUCUGCUUCAGGCAUGCGCUGGACCUCACUGUAGCAGCGGCGCCCCGGUGCGGAGGGCGAUUGCCACAUCCAAGACUACAGGCGCUGCGAACACAGCCCACGCCUCCCCCGCGCCAACCCCGGCUGACACCUCCCGCGCUCACUAG